AUGGGUCAAGAAGAUGAAAAGCCAAAGGUCAUAACAGCCUACAAGGAAAUGACAGAAAUCAAAAAACAAGAGCAAAACUUACCUGGUAAAGAUACCGCUAUGGACCCUUUAGCAGAAUUCACCAAGUUGGAAUGGUGGAAUGAUGAUGGUGAACCAUACUUGCAAGAGUACCGAGGGAACGGAAAACUCAAGGGGAAGAAGGCAAUUAUCACCGGAGGAGAUUCAGGUAUAGGACGAGCGGCUGCUCAACAAUUCGCCAGGGAGGGUGCGGACGUUACUAUUGUAUACUUACCACAAGAGGAGGAAGACGCACAACGAACCAAGAAGGCGAUUGAGCAAGACGGCCAAAAAUGUCUUACACUCGCACUUGAUUUGAUGGAUGAAGCCAACGCUAAGAAGAUCGUCGAGGAACACAUCAAGGAAUAUGGUAAACUUGAUAUAUUGGUUAACAACGCUAGUAAACAGAUCAUGGUGAAGGAUUUGGCCGAUAUCGAGCUCGAGAACGUCGAGAGUACAUUCCGAUCCAAUAUUCUAGGAAUGUUUGCUCUUACCAAAUUCGCUCUCCCUCACCUCAAACGAGGCGCAUCAAUCAUCAAUUCAUCCUCGGUCACCGCCUUCAAGGGAUCUCCCUCCAUGAUGGACUACUCAUCUACCAAAGGUGCUAUAGUCACUUUCACCAGAUCCUUGGCUAUGCAAUUGGCUCCUAAGGGAAUCAGAGUCAAUGCCGUCUGUCCCGGUCCGGUUUAUACACCACUUCAACCUGCUUCUAGACCAGCUGAACAAAUGGAAGAAUGGCAACUUGGUACCUUACCCCUCCAUGGUAGGGCUUCUCAACCCGCGGAGAUGGGACCUGCGUAUGUGUUCCUCGCUUCUCCCGAAUCCAAUGCUAUGACUGGUCAAAUGAUGCACCUUAACAAUGGUCAAUGGAUCGGAUAA